AUGCAAAAAAAUAUAACUUUUGUUUGUAUUAGUGAUACUCAUGGAUAUCUUAGUCCUUCCUAAAUUAAGCCUAAUAUAAUUUUACCUAAAGGAGAUGUUCUGAUUCAUUGUGGUGAUUUUACAAAUUGUGGAGAAAUUAAGGAUAUAAAGAAAUUUAAAGAAUGGCUCAUUGAGUAGCCAUUUAAAUAUAAAAUUUUGAUUGCUGGUAACCAUGAUUUAACACUUGAUUAUGUAAAGUAUCCAAAAUUUAAGAAUGAUCCAUAAAUAUAAGCUGAAAUAAAAGACCUUUAAAACUAAUGCAUUUAUUUAUUAAAUUCUUCAUGUAUUGUUGAGGGAUAUAAAAUAUGGGGUAGUCCAUAUUCUUUAGAGUUUUGUAAUUGGGGUUUUGAAUUAUUUCCAAAAGAUGCUUAACAAUUUUGGAAUCAAAUUGAAGAUGGAACUGAUAUUGUUGUAACACAUGGUCCUUCAUAUGGUCAUGGCGAUUAUGUUAAUAAUGCUGGACAUGUAGGUGAUAAGGAAUUAUUAAAUAGGAUUAAAAAAAUAAAAGCAAAAUAUCAUCUAUUUGGACAUAUUCAUGAAGGAUAUGGAAUUACAGAAGAAGAUGGAAUAAAAUUUGCUAAUUGCUCUUUGUUAAAUGAAAAUUAUAGAAUAACUAAUGAUCCAAUAGUAUUUUAAUUACCACAAAAAUAACAAUAAGAUAAUUGA